AAAGUAAGAUGUUGGAUUACACGGUUUGACGUUUGUUUAUUCCUGUUUUGAAAACUAAAUAUAUGGCUACUAUCCAAUAAUAAAUCCGUGGUUAGACGGAAUGGAUCGUGGUUGAAAAAGGAGGCAGUUAAUUAUAAAUAUCCAAAAACUUACAACGUUCUUUGUGGAAACUAUUGGAUGAUUAAGGCUAGAGAAUAUUUAUUUUUCAUCAGCAAAUAACUAAUUAUGACAACAAUGGACUCUGAUUCCGAGAGUCAGGAUAGCGACGAUGGACGACGAUUUCGUUUUGAGGCCACUCGUAAAGAUAAUUUACAACCCGAAACGAAACUAGGAAAAUUAUCGAAAGUAAAGUCGGAGCACAAAUCUUGUUACAACGACAUAGAAUGUAAAAGUAGAAAAGAUAAAUCUAAACGCGACUGCAACAGAGAUGAACAUAGAAGUUCGAGGGAACGAGAUACCGAUAAUAGAGAUAUUAAAUAUUCUAAGCAUGCACAUGAAUCAAGGAGCUCAAGACACGAUGAUAGUAAAGAUUAUAAGAAUACGAGGGAUGUCAGUUUAAGUUCAAGAAGUUCUGUGUUACUGACAAAACAUAAAACAAGAGAUGCAAAACGGCAUAGAAAUCGAGAUCGAGAUGAACACCAUAAAAAUAGGUCUCACGAACGGUCCCGUAGUAGAAAUGAUAACGAGAAACACAAAAAUAAAUCUCACGAAAAGUACAAGCAUCACUCUUACGACAGAAACCGCGAUAGAGGAUACCAGUCGUCCAAAGCAAGGUCGGAAGAUCGUGAGAAACUUCGAGGAGAAUCCGAACGAUACAGUGUAUGUAAAAAUUCAUCGACAAAAGAUGAUGAAGGGCAAUGUUUACACGAACAUUCUUCACCCAAGAGUACAGAACCAGAUCGUAACGAUAAUGAAUUGCUAAUAAAAGGAGACUCGUCGACAGAUAACCAAGAAUGUAAAGAAUUAAAUCUCUCUGAAUUUGAUAUUCUAUCAGAGACAGAUGAAAAUAUGUCUGAUAGUUCAGAUGUAAAAAGUAAGAGUUCAGUUUUACAGCAGCAUAAGGUAAAGACAAAAAAAAGAAAUUUAAAUGACGAACAUGAAUGUAUAUUAAAAAAGCAAGCAACAGAAAUUGAACAUUCAGAAGGAUUGGCAAAGGUAAAUGCAAGGAUGAACGAUUCGUUACAUGGUUCCAGUAAUAAUAAUUCUGGUACCAUUUCAGAUUCCGCAUUAGGUACUAUAUCACCUAUAUCAAUGGAAAUCAGUCAAGAUUGUAGAAAUAACGCUUAUCAAAAAUGUGAGAACGAAUCAAGAAACGAUAGAGUUGAUUUAAAUCGUAAGGAAGAUAAUAAAAAUUCACUCGAAAAUGUUAAUAACUGUGAUUCCCUAAAUGCAACGGAAGUUACUUUACCCUCGUCAGAUCCAUCAGACGGGAACAAUUCAAAACCUAGUUUACCACUGCAAUUAAUAACUGAUUCUUCCAAUGAUCUAAAGCUAGUAAAAAGUAAAGGUUUUAUAGGACCUUGUUUACCAGAAAAUACUGUAACUAAAACUUCUGAAAACGAUUCGUCGAGUGAUGUUAAUCAAAACAAUGGAACAGAUCUUGUUUUUGGUCCAGUAUUACCACCGCAUUUAUUAAAACCGAAAUGUGAUAAUGAAAUGAACGUGGAAAUUAUAGCUCCUACUCUUCCAACAAUCGUGAUACAAUCAUCGGAUAAUGACGAAAUAGAAGAAGCAGAAUCUGAAAGCGAGGAUGCGAUAGGUCCAUUGCCGAUUGAUCACCCAGCAUUAAAAACCAAUUACGUGUACAGACAAUUAGAACAAAGGGCGCUAGAAAUUCAAAAGGAACAAAAAGAUGAGGGUGACAGUACACAGAAUCAACGAGAAGAAUGGAUGACAGAGUUACCUGCGGUUCAAGUUAGUAAUCUGGGACUAACUUCACGAAAAUUUCGAAUGAAGUCAGGUCCAGAUAUGUCUGAUAGAUCAUGUUGGACUGAUACCCCAGCAAAGAAAGCUGUGAAACAAAAGCAACAAGAGAGUGAAACAAUGUACAAUACAUCGACUAUAGCCUUAGUUAAAGAAAGUUACGAAGUUGAUCCUGGAGAAAGUAAAAGACAAGAAAAGUCAUUAUUGGAAAUACAUCAGAGUAAAGUACGAAAGAAGAAAAAGAAAGAAGAGAAAAGAGCCAAGCUAUCUGGAGAGACAGUUAGAAGACCAUUUGAUAGAGAUGUUGAUUUACAGAUCAAUAGGUUUGAUCAGGCUCAAAAAAACGCCGUUAUAAAGAAAGCACAAUGCCUGGAUGAUAGGUUUUCUCGAGGGAAAUUUUAGAAAGGUCAAAACAAAUUAAUUAUCUGUAUGUUCAGUAGAAUUUUACAAAGGUGAUGAGUUUGAUAGUGUACAUUUUGACUCAUUAUAAAGUGAUGAGUGCCUUCAAUUACGAACAAUUGUAAUUAAAUUUUUAUUUAGAACGGGAUUGCAAGUCUACAUAAAUCGAAUUCUCUUCCUGUUUAAAUUAAUUGAUUCUACUCGUAUGAUGAUUAGUUAUUAAGUAGCAUUAACAUGAACAUAAAAUAUCGUUUUAUCGGAAACACGUACUUGAAGUAUAUAAUGCAUUAUGGUGUAAAUUUAAUAAAUCACUCUCUAAAUGUUAAUACACAUACAUUACAUACUGAUUUAUUUCAAAUGAUUUUAAUGUGAAUCAUGUCGACUUCAACCUACGUACGUAUGUACAUUACAAUCGCAAAACCGUAUGUCUCGUAACUGAUCACUCUUUAUGUCUGUGAUGUAUAUAAAUAUAUAUACACGAAAUACUUGAUCGCAAAAUAUUAUAAUUCAGUGAAGAUAUAAGACUAAAGUAGGUACAUAAAAAGCAUUAGUUUUAGCAAAUUCAGAAAUGGAAAAUGCUUUUUUCUUUUUGAUUUUAAUCAAAGUCGAUUAUAUCUGUAAUUACUUAAGAACAAUGUGAGGUAGUAAAUGUUUUGUAUGUAAACACUUGUAAUUUUACCACAUGUACUUUAAAUAUACUUUUUAUGAAAACUA